AUGACAGCCACAGACGCUAAGAAUCGGAAAACCAAUGCCGGAGACGAUGUCGAAAUCCCUGAUACUGCUCAUCAGAUUAGCAGCGAUUCAUGGUUUCAGGUGGCGUUCGUUCUGACAACCGGUAUAAACAGCGCCUAUGUGUUGGGAUAUUCAGGAACAAUAAUGGUUCCUUUAGGUUGGAUUGGUGGCGUAGUUGGUCUUAUUCUCGCUACUGCGAUCUCCCUUUACGCGAACACACUCAUAGCCAAGCUUCAUGAGUUUGGUGGCAAAAGACACAUUCGUUACAGAGACCUCGCUGGAUUCAUUUACGGUAGGAAGGCUUAUUGUCUUACAUGGGGACUGCAAUAUGUCAAUCUUUUCAUGAUUAAUUGUGGAUUCAUCAUCCUAGCUGGUUCUGCUUUAAAGGCUGUGUAUGUGCUUUUCAGGGAUGAUCAUGCCUUGAAGCUACCUCAUUGUAUAGCCAUCGCUGGUCUGAUAUGCGCCAUUUUCGCCAUUGGGAUUCCUCAUUUAUCAGCUCUUGGGAUCUGGCUUGCAGUUUCUACCAUCCUUAGUCUCAUCUACAUUGUUAUAGCAAUCGUGCUAUCAGUUAGAGAUGGAGUGAAAGCACCUUCAAGAGAUUACGAGAUUCAAGGAUCAUCCUUUAGCAAACUCUUCACCAUCACAGGAGCAGCUGCAAAUCUUGUUUUCGCUUUCAACACAGGGAUGCUUCCAGAGAUUCAGGCAACAGUGAGACAACCGGUUGUGAAGAACAUGAUGAAAGCUCUGUACUUUCAGUUCACAGCCGGAGUUUUACCGAUGUACGCCGUUACAUUCAUCGGAUAUUGGGCUUACGGUUCCUCAACCUCCACCUAUCUCCUCAACAGUGUCAAUGGCCCACUUUGGGUCAAAGCCCUUGCUAACAUCUCUGCUAUCCUUCAGUCUGUUAUCUCUUUACACAUUUUUGCUAGUCCAACGUAUGAGUACAUGGACACAAAGUUUGGGAUCAAAGGAAACCCAUUGGCUAUCAAGAACUUAAUGUUUAGGGUUAUGGCCCGAGGCGGGUACAUUGCGGUUAGCACGCUUGUCUCGGCGCUGUUGCCGUUCCUUGGGGACUUCAUGAGCCUCACUGGGGCAGUGAGCACAUUCCCUCUCACGUUCAUUCUAGCCAACCACAUGUACUAUAAGGCUAAGAACAAUAAGCUCAAUCCUAUGCAGAAGCUGUGGCAUUGGCUUAACGUUGUCUUCUUUAGCUUGAUGUCUGUUGCUGCUGCCAUUGCAGCCGUAAGGCUCAUCGCCGUUGAUUCCAAAAACUUCCAUGUUUUUGCGGAUUUGUAA